ACAACGGGUUCGCAGGAAGAAGUACGAAAUUCGACCAACAGAUGGCCCACGGCGUUGGACUUUAAAGGCUACUUGGGACUCCUAGUUGUGACUGAAAUCGCAGUUUAGCUUCUCGCAAUUUCUUGCUCACCAGUCACCACUAUAAAGUAAACCUUGACGGUGCCGUGACGUGACAUGAAGGGACGGCCAGUGUCAAUGCCGCUAUUUGAAAUGCAUUGCAAAAUGUUUUGAUGUGACGUGAUGUGACUGCCAGUGCGAAUUGGUCUAUAAUCUUUUAUUAUUGCCCUAUGUUGCAGUGUACAAAUUGCAACUAUAUUUUUCCACUUUCCAAAUGAAAGUUGUAUUAAUAUAAACAAACGCACAAUAACCAAAACACGCGAACAGAACACAGAAGACUAUUGUAACUAUCACUGCCUGCAACCGGAAGGAGCUGGCAUAUUUUUCAAGAAUGACAAAGAGUACUACCGAUCCACUGAAGAAAAAUGCUGUUGUAAUGGGAAGGAAGACAUGGGAGUCUAUACCAGAAAAAUUUCGACCUCUUCCUGGGCGGUUGAAUGUUGUAUUGACUCGCACAAAUAGGUCACUUGGUGAAGAAGUAAUAGUUCAUACCAGCCUUGAAGAUGCCAUCAAAGAUUUGCACAAUAGGCAAGAUGUAGAAACUGUGUGGGUGAUUGGUGGAAGUUCUGUUUAUGACGAAAUGAUGAAAUCCUCAUACUGUCACAGGUUAUAUAUAACCAAUAUUUUGAAAGACUACAAUUGUGAUACAUUCUUUCCAGAAAUUGGUAGCCAGUACAAAUCUGUCAGGGUGCUGUCAGAUUGGAAGAAUUUGAAAGAUCUUGGGCAGUUACCACCUCUCAAAAUAUGGAAAGCAAAGAUUUUGCAGUGGAAGAGAUUUGUUUCACAGUAUCGAAGAUGAAGUGCUCGUAGCUCUUAAGUGAUCCUACAGUACCUUCGGGUAUCCAAGAAGAAAAUGGCAUUCAGUUUCAAUAUAAAGUUUAUGAAAAUACAGAAUAUGUCUCUAUUAAAAACAGUUAAAAGUAAACUAAUUCCACCAACUAAGGGAAAAAUAUAUUAUUUCUUUGUGUAGUUUUAGUUUCAUGCAAGUGGUGGAAAAAUAUGAACACAUGGUAAUGUGCUGAUAGAAAUAUAGAAAGACAGAAAAAUAUAGAAAGAUAGAAAAAUGAGAAAACUUGAUGUAAUUGUAAAAACAUGUAACAUUAAGAAAUAUAUGCAAUUUAAAUUA